UCCGGCGAUCCCCGAUCGCGAAACCCAUCGAUCCCCGCUCCUCUAAGUCGGCGCAGGCCCGCAGCUGAGCAGACGGCGACGAUGAUGUUCACGGAGGGCCUCGACGAGUCGGCGAUCAGCUGGAUCAAGCAGGGCACAGACUCCCCGGCUCCCGCCCAUGCGCCGCCGCGGUCGCCGCUGGCGGAGCGGCCUCCGCUGGGGCAGGUGGCGGCGCCGCCGCCGCCGAGGAGCCCCGCUUUGCACGGCAGGGCGUGCGGCGCGGGCGCGGGCGCGGGCGUCGGUUUCUUCUCCCCCAAGGGCCUCCCGCCCGUGCGGACCACGGGGUCGCGCCACUCGGGGCUGCUCGGCCGCCACUCCGUGCUCCUCUCGGCGGCGGACUCCGACGAGUGGGAGGACGGGGAGGAGGAGAGCGUCGAGUCGUGGGGGAUGCCCGAGGACUGCCUCGGCGGCAACUUCUCCGAGACGGCCGACGAGGCGUGCUCCAGCGACUCCAGCCUGCUGCGGAGGGCCAUGGACCGGUGCGGCGGAGGGUGGGACGAGGAGGUCACGUCGCAGCUGAGCAGGAAGGGCGGCGGCGGCGGCAUCGUGCGGGGCCAGUCCAAGGAAUUCCUGCGAGUGGAGGUGCGCGCGGCGGGCUCGUUCGCAGCAGGGAAAUGCUCCGGGGCACAAGAUCCGGUGGACUCCUGCUCGCAUGGGCACUAUUUUGAGGACGAUAAGUUUCAGACACCCAGUGCCCCUCCAAUUGCUGGGGACGAGGAUGAGGUCAUGUUUGAUGCAGUAGAAACGGCUGAAACAACCGGAGGCCUUGAGAGGACUGGGCUAUCAUCAGUAGCAGAUAUACUGGCACAUGAUGCCCAUGAGCUCCCUAUGAGCUCAAACAUCCAUGAAGAUGGUGCUCAGAUGCCAUAUGUCGAGGCUAAUUUAUUAGCUCAGAUACCGAGCUUCACGAUUAAUGUCCAAAACGCAUGGCAAUCAUUUGUUGCAUACGAUGCAUGCUUCCGGUUAUGUCUGAAUGCGUGGGCAAGAAACUGCAUGGAGGCUCCAGAAUUCCUUCGGGAUGAGUGUAUGGUGCUGCGAAGUGCCUUUGGGAUACAGAACUUUCUGCUUCAUCCCAAGCACAGCAGUCAAGUUGAUGGGAAACAAGUGUAUGAUAAGGAUGGAAGUUGUACCAUAAAGGGAAGAAAGCUUGUUAAACAGAUUGAGAUCGAAGUAAAAAAGAUACGUGUUGUACCUCAUAGACCAAAGCUUCGGGCAACAUCGUCCUUUAGAAACCUCUACAUGCAAGCUGGCAGCGACUAUGUCAAACAGAUUUCUAAAGUUCUGAAGAGCCAGGUUACGAUGUUGACAUCCACAUCAUCUACAUCUUUGCCAGAAGAAAUGUUCACAUGCACGCUAGAAUUGCAAAGCUCCUGCAAAGGUCAUCAGAGAGAUUCCAUUUCUCCGCUAUAUCUGAAACCAGGGACUGGUGAAUCUCAACUCUUUUAUCUAGAGAGCCAGGGGGAUGUUAUUCUUGUUGAAGUACAAGACAACAAUAGGGUUGUCAUAGGCCGUGCAAAAAUUCAAGUUUCAUCAGUUACUGAUACUCAACAGGAUGAAAUCAUUAGGUGGUGGCCUCUAUAUCUUGAGGAUCAAGAAUGUGUUGGCAAAAUUCAGCUUUGUAUGAACUUAUCCAUGUCUUCCAACAAUUCUGGAUCCGAAAAGAUGCUGCAAGGUGGUCCAGCUGUGGAUACCAUCAUAUAUGACAUGGUUUUGGAAGCAGCAAUGAGAGCUCAAAGUUUCAAUAGCAAAAUGCUUCAUAUCAGUGGUUCAUGGAAAUGGCUAUUGGAUGAGUUCUCUGAUUACUAUGGAGUUUCAGAUGCAUAUAGAAAAUUAAGGUACCUGUCUUACAUUAUGAAUGUGGCAAUACCAACAAAGGAUUGUUUGGAGCUUAUAUAUGAACUUCUUCUUCCUGUCAUGAAAGCACGGGAAGAUAGGACUUUAACAAGACAAGAGAGAAGUAUAAUGCUAGACUGUGAAGAUCGGAUUAAGAGUCUCCUUGCAGCUGUGUUUGAAAAUUACAAGUCACUGGACGAACAUUCUGCUACUGGCUUGUCAGACCUAUUUGGCCCCAUAUCAGAUUGUGCAGCACCAGCUUUGGCACCUGCAGUUCAGAUAUUCAGUGUACUAAAUGAUAUACUCUCCAAAGAAGCACAGGACAUACUUAGAAGCUAUUUGCAGACUGCUGCAGCGAAAAGGUGCAGGAGGCAUAUGAUCGAGACAGAUGAAUUCUUGUCAAGCAAUAACGACAGCCUUCUUACAGAUCCGAUGGCUAUAUCUGCUGCAUACCUCAAAAUGAAGACACUAUGCAUUAACAUAAGUCGUGAAAUUCAAGCAGACAUUAAGAUUCACAAUCAGAAUAUACUUCCAAGUUCGAUAGAUCUGACAAACAUAGCAGCAUCCAUAUAUAGUACCGAACUCUGCAAACGGUUGAAGGGUUUUCUUUCUUCAAGUCCCCCAUCAAGACCACUACAACAUGUUGCUGAACUGAUAAUUGCUACUGCUGAUUUUGAGAGAGAUCUUGACUCCUGGCAAGUGAGGCCUGUUCAUGGGGGUGUUGUUUCAAGAGAGUUAUUUCAUGACUAUAUCAUGGUGUGGAUUGAAGAUACUCGGUUGCACUUACUUGAUAAUUGCAAGGCUGAGAAGACAUCAUGCCCUGCAGUGUCAACAAUCUCACCAUUUGUCGAACAAAUGUAUGAGCAAAUAAAAGAGAGCAUACAUGAGUAUGGAGUGGUUAUCAAUAGAUGGCCUCAAUAUCUGAUGAGUUUAGAGAGUGCUGUUGCUGAUGUGGAAAGAGAAAUUAUGAAGACACUGGAGAAGCAAUACAUGGAGACUCUGAUGCCUCUGAGAGACGGCAUACCAAAAUAUCUUGAGAAGCAGGUUCAAAGACUAACAAGAAGACAAUCUAUAGCUCCCUAUGUUGUGCCAAGUCAGUUAGGAGCAUUCAUGAACACAGUUAAACGGAUGCUAGAUAUGUUACACUGCCGAGUUGAAGACAUUCUCAAGUCAUGGGCAGCAUAUCUUACCAUAACAAGUGGGAACACUGUUUUUGGAGAGCAAAUGAACUCCAUCACAGUAAUGUUGAGGAAGAAGUACAAGAACUACCUGAAGGCGAUAGUGGACAAGCUUGUCAGCAAUGCACAAGCUAACCGAAAUACGAGGCUCAAGCGAAUCCUUGAGGAAACAAGAGAGGCUGAUGGUGAAAGUGAUAUACGAGAGAGGAUGCAGGCUGUCCGCCUUCAGCUCUCGGAUUCCAUCCACAAUCUGCACGAGGUCUUCUCCAGCAGAAUAUUUGUUGCUAUCUGCCGAGGUUUCUGGGAUAGGUUGGGCCAGAUUGUGUUGAGGUUUCUUGAGAGCAGGAAGGAGAACAGGAUUUGGUACCGAGGAUCCGAUUAUGCUCUUGGGAUCCUGGACGAUGUCUUUGCAUCAGAGAUGCAAAAGCUGCUGGGCAACGCCCUCCAGGACAAGGACCUGGAUCCACCGCAAUCGGUGAUCGACGCCCGCUCCAUCCUUUGCUAAGGCAUUGAAUUUCCGCAGGGUUGGUGUUGGUUUUGUUUUAUUCUUUGGUGUGCAGAUUAUAUAUACGGGUGGAGACGACCGAUGAUUCUUUCUGUUCAUAGUGUGUUGUUGAUUGUUUAAAAAGAGGUAAAAAAAAAUGCACAAGUUGUCACUGGUAAGCAGGUUUUGCUUUCCAAAGAAGACAACCAGUGUGUGUACUUGCUUGUACUACCAGGGACUGAAAGUAUAGUGAGGGUGUAUUGCUACCACGGUUUCAUGCUGUAACUGUCAGGAACUAUCAUUUA